CAGAUUCAACAGGGCACAAAAUAUUUACAUUAGUUAGAGUGAAACAUUAUGAUUUUAAACCUGUGUAACAAUUUCUAGGAUUAAACGAGGUAAAACAUGGCAGUUUCAGGAAAGAAAGCACCAAAACAUUUGUUGUCAUCAACAACAUCCAUGGCAUCAGAUAAAGAUCUUCAAAUUUACUGCCAGCCUUGUGACGAGGAAGGAACUAGACUCCCUGCCCAUGGUUACUGCACUGACUGCAAGGAACACCUUUGCCAGACAUGCUUUGCAGCUCACAAAAUAAGUAAGCUUUCCAAACAUCAUAAACUUCAGGAUGCUACGAAUAUGCCUAAAGUUUUGCAACAACCGUCACCAUCCUUUCAUACAGGCCAGUCUGAUGGCCUAACUACACCCUGUCUUAAACAUUCAAAAGAACUGAUCAAGUUCUACUGUCAUGAUCAUGUGGAAUUUCUAUGCAGUGUUUGUGUUACCCUAGAACACCAAACCACUUUCUGCCAAGUUGAUUACAUACCAGACAUUUCUGGUGAUAUAAUAGACAGUAAAGAAUACCAAGUUAUCUUGAAUGCUCUUAAUACCACUUCUGACAAAUUUCAACAGAAAGUAGAAGAUCUCAAGAAAAUGGCAUAUAAAUCCAACAGCUCUCUCAAAGAAUCAUUGGCAGCAAUCAAAAAGUUUCGGCAAGAAAUCAACCAAAGACUAGAUGAACUUGAGAGACAAACUGAAGAUGCAGCUAAAGUCAAUGAACAAGAUAACAACAAACAUCUAAAAGCAGCAGAAACAACAUAUGAAGACAUAAACAAAUCUCUGAAGGAAUUGUCAGAAAAAAUAAAACAACUCAACACAUCAAAACAAGCUGACAAACUGUUCAAGGAACUUAAACUUGCUGAGAAAAUAAUGAAAGAUAUGGAGGAAAAAGAACUAAAACUUUCUUCAUAUGAUAUCAAAGAACACCACUUUAAAGCAAAUGUGGCAAUAUUAACCAACCUGAAAGCAGAGAAGUCUUUUGGUACACUGACACAGAGAACUUUAAAUAAAAAAGCUUUACCCAUACAAAUACAGUCUAGACAAUCUUCACAUGAGGGAGAAAUCCGUGUGAAGACACAGCAAGAUAAAAUAUUGUGUGGGAUAAGAGGGAUGUUAAUGUUAACUCCUGAUCUUCUUAUCAUCACUGACCGCAAUAACAAUGCUGUAAAGAUGGUGGAUAUCAGCAGUCAGUCUGUAUCUGAUCAACUACAACUAGAUGCUGGACCAUGGGAUAUCACACCAGUAACAAACAAAGAACUUGCUGUCACACUUCCUUACAAACGUACAGUACAGUUUAUUUCUAUCUCAUCAAACAAACUUGUAAAGAAGCACACUAUGAUGGUUGAUGGAGAGUGUAAUGGUAUAAGCUAUUAUCAAGGUAAAUUUGUUGUGUCAUUUGUUAAUCCAGCAAAACUUCAGAUCCUUGAUAGGAAUGGCACUACACUGACAACAAUUGAUGGUAAAAACAUUUUUAAACUUACACAUUAUGUCAUGUGUAACAAAAGUUCUAUCUAUGUAUCUGACAGUUGGAUGAACACAGUAACAAGAUUAAACUGGCAAGGUGAAGUGAUUGGUGGAUGUACUGGUAUGGGUCAGCCUAUUGGAAUGUCACUGUCAGAUGAUGGUACUGUCUUUGUGUGUGACUUAAAGGAAAAUGUUAUACAAGAGAUAACAGGAGAUUGUGGUACAGGAAAGGUGGUGUUGAAGAAUCUGGAAAGUCCAUAUGCUGUAUGCUGGUGUGAGGAAACAAAGAAGCUGUAUUUCAGUGGGUGGCAUAGAGAUGAGAAAAAUGACAACUUUCUCCACAUCUAUAAACUAUCAUAAAGUUGAGCAAAGAUUACAUGAAACAAUAUAAACUGUUUAAUGUACACAAUGUACUUUCAUUAUCCAUUUACAUUAACUCGAUAAAAAUAUUUGUAUCAUAGUUUGGAGACCUUUUAAUAGAAAAUGUGUCAAGAGCCACACAUGCACAGUGCAUUAAGUGUGUUAGCUGGAAUGUGGGUCUUAGUUACCUGCACUCUAGUUACCUCCCUGUCUAUCAGGGACAAAAAUAGAGCAUGCUUGUUGUUGAUUGGCUCAUUUUUUCUGUGGUUUAUUUAUUGUGAUGAUAGGGAUAGGUAUAAGGAUAGAAAAAACAUAUUCCAAAGCCUGUGCAUUGGUUACUUUUUUCUGGGGUUUCAUAUUGUGAAAACAAAGAAAGUGUUUUAAAUUUAUUUUUGCCAAUGCCUAAGCCCCCAUGUGCAAAUCAGAUUGCCUCGUGUUUCAAUGCUCUUUCUAUUACAUAAUUGGUUUUCCAUAAACAUUAUCAAACUUUGGGAGGUAAUUUAAUGUGAAAAUGUUUAAAAUCUAAUUCUGCCUAAAGAUGUACAAGUACUAUGCUCAAACUUGAUAUUAGAAA